AUGGAUGGCCUUCAUGUCGCUCCUUCAGAGGAGCAUAAUAUCUUGGGUGAAUCUACUUCUUUCAAAGUCCACUACCACGGCGAAGUUCAUGACCUUUCCUUGCCUCCUACAUCAACCCUACAAGACCUCUCAGCACUCAUAUCAGAGGUCUUUCAUAUACCUGCCGAGAAUCAGAAACUCUUGAUUUCCCCGAAACCAGGACUGCAGAAGUUUCCGUUUUCUCCCAUCUUACUCUCCUCAUUUCCUGUAAACUCCCCGCGGUUCAAAAUAAACCUCCUCGGGAGUACCUCUUCAGAAAUCACCUCCCUCAACAAGUCAACUUCCGAUCAUCAACGCCAACAGCAUCAACGCCGCGAGUCUGCUAUCAAAUCUGCAAAGCCUCUAUCCACCCACCGCACACAAGUCCAGUCAUCUUCAUCGUCACAAUACACAUUCCACAGACUCCUUCCACUCCCUUAUCUCCCCAACCCCGAUCGCAGCCUGGCCUACCUCGUCCGCCUGCGUGAUGACCCAGGAAUCCGCGCUGCGAUGACCAAACACAGAUUUUCGGUCCCCCUACUCACAGAGAUGAACCCGGUCGAGCACACGACCCUCUCAUCGCGCACUCUAGGCCUCAACCGAAACAAGGGCGAAGCCAUCGAGCUGCGUCUGCGCACGGACGCGUACGAUGGAUACAGAGACUACCGAACGAUUCGCAAAACGCUGUGCCAUGAGCUGGCGCAUUGCGUGCAUAGCGAGCAUGAUCGUGAUUUCUGGAAUCUGACGGCACGUAUUGAGAAGGAAGUUGAGAGUGCAGAUUAUUGGGGUAAAGGUGGAAAAAGGUUAACAGAAGAGGAGUUUUACAAUCCGGCGGAUUGGGAAGAGAUGAAGAGCGGUGGAGAAGUAAUGGAUCAUGGGGGUUGGACUGGCGGAGAAUUCGUGCUUGGCGGGUUGGGAGAGACUGGGGGCGCAGCGGGAGCUGGAUUGAGCCGGGGGGAGAUCUUGGCAAGAGCGGCUGAAUCGCGAAUGUCUGCCAAAUCUAAGGAGAAGAACAUAGAUGAAGGAGGAAGCGAUACUCAGAACUGA